AUGCCUCCAACCAAGGGUGGAAAGCGCCCGAUCCCGCUCGGGGGUAAGGGUAAGGGCAAGCGUUCGGCGGGUAAGGCACCCAAGUCGGCCAGUGAUCGCAAGCGCCGCCACAAUCAGAAGCGCAACCAGCACUGGGACCUGUACAUACACCGCGCUUUGCGCCGCUUCUUCAAGCGCGGCACGCUGAGCAAGGCUGCCGUGCGCGUGCUUUCUUCCUUUAUUGAGGAUAUGUUCAACCGCAUUCAGACCGAGGCCGUCUUCGUCGCCAAGAUCAACAAGGUGAAGACGCUGACGGCUCGCGAAAUCCAGACUUCGGCCCGUCUGCUGCUGCCGCCGGAGCUGGCGAAGCAUGCCAUGAGCGAGGGAACCAAGGCCGUCGCCAAGUACAACGCUUCCCGCGGUGAGGCAUAUGCUCAGGGUGGCAUGUAG